CUCUCCACUUCCCACCAGCAGACUACGCACUCGGUCGAUCCGUCUCUGACACCAUACGGCCCUGCAAACGUCUCUGAGAGAGAUGGGGAGCAGCAGCAAGAAAGGAAGGACAGAAAUGGAGGUGGGGGAAGAUGGUGUAGCUGUCAUUACCAUCACUAAUCCUCCUGUAAAUUCAAUCUCCCGUGACGUGUUACAAAGCUUACAAGAGAAUUACGAGCAAGCUCUACGAAGAGAUGAUGUGAAAGCAGUUGUUCUUACAGGUUCGAAGGAAAAAUUUUCUGGAGGUGCGGAUCUCACCACUUUUGUUGGAGAAAGUGGAAAGGGGAAUCAACAAAAGAUUGGUUAUUUAUCAAUAGAUGUUUUAACCGACACUUUUGAAGCUGCAAGAAAGCCUUCAGUGGCAGCAAUUGAUGGUUUUGCAUUUGGUGGUGGACUGGAGGUUGCAAUGGUUUGCCAUGCACGUAUUUCUACCUCUAAUGCUCAACUAGGCCAGACCGAGCUUCACUUUGGACUUAUUCCUGCACUUGGAGGAACUCAGCGGCUACCACGCCUUGUGGGUCUUUCUAAGGCCCUGGAAAUGAUCUUGAUGUCAAAGCGAAUAAAAGGAAAGGAAGCUCAUGCCUUAGGUCUUGUGGAUGACAUAGCUUCACCAAAUGAAUUAGUAAUGACGGCUCGUCGCUGGGCUUUGGAUAUUCUUGAGCGUAGAAGACCAUGGGUUUUAAGUCUUUACAGAAAUGACAAGUUAGAGCCUAUUGGGGAGGCUAGGGAAAUCCUCAAGUUUGCAAGGGCCCAGGUCCAAAAACAAUCUCCCAAUCUUCACCACCCAUUGGUUUGCAUUGACAUCAUUGAAGAGGGUAUUGUUUCAGGCCCCCGUGCUGGACUUUGGAAGGAGGUGGUGGAAUUUCCAAAAAUUGUUGCCUCUGAUACAUGCAAGAGCUUGCUCAACAUCUUCUUUGCACAACGUGCAACCUCAAAGGUUCCAGGGAUCACUGACCUGGGUUUGUUGCCACGGAAAAUAAAUAAAAUUGCCAUUCUGGGUGGAGGAUUGAUGGGUUCUGGAAUAGCAACCGCAUUGAUACUAAGCAACUAUCCUGUGAUCCUCAAAGAAGUAAAUGAGAAGUUCCUAGAGGCCGGAAUUGGUAGAAUCAAAGCCAAUUUGCAAAGUCGAGUCAAGAAAGGGAAAUUGACUCAAGAGAAGUUUGAGAGAACUCUCUCUCUUCUCAAGGGUGCUCUUGACUAUGAAAGCUUUAGAGAUGUGGACAUGGUCAUCGAGGCUGUUAUUGAAAACGUCUCUCUGAAGCAACAAAUAUUUGCAGAUCUUGAAAAGUGUUGCCCUCCACAUUGCAUACUUGCUAGUAAUACUUCUACAAUUGACUUGAAUUUAGUUGGUAAAAGGACAAAGUCUCAUGAUCGAAUUGUUGGGGCACAUUUCUUUAGUCCUGCUCAUGUUAUGCCACUCUUGGAAAUAGUUCGUACAGAAAAGACAUCUCCUCAAGUGAUCGUUGACUUGCUAGAUGUUGGGAAAAAGAUCCAUAAAACAGCUGUCGUGGUCAGAAAUUGCACGGGUUUCGCUGUCAGUCGGAUGUUUUUUCCUUGCUCACAAUCAGCAUUCUUAUUGGUUUAUCAUGGUUUAGAUGUCUAUCAAAUUGAUCGUGCAGUUACCAAAUUUGGAAUGCCAAUGGGCCCAUUCAGAAGGGUCGAUCUGGUUGGUUUUGGGGUAGCAAUAGCAACCGCUAUACAGUUCAUUGAGAAUUUUCCUGAAAGAUGUUACAAAUCGGUGCUAAUUCCAAUAAUGUUUGAGGAUAAGAGGGCAGGUGAAGCUACUCGCAAAGGUUUCUAUGUAUAUGAUGAUAAACGCAAGUCUAGUCCAGACCCUGAAGUAAAAAAAUACAUUGAGAAGUCAAGGAGCAUUGUUGGUAUUACUGUUGAUCCCAAGCUGAUGAAGUCAUCAGAUGAAGAUAUAGUGGAGAUGAUCUUCUUCCCGGUCGUUAAUGAGGCCUGCCGUAUCCUUGCUGAGGGAAUUGCUGCCAAGUCAUCGGAUCUCGACAUUGCUUCUGUCAUGGGCAUGGGAUUCCCUCCAUACAGGGGAGGGGUUAUGUUUUGGGCUGAUUCCUAUGGAUCCAAGUACAUCUGUUCGAGGCUCGAUGCAUGGACAAAGACAUAUGGUGAUUUCUUUAAGCCAUGUGCCUACUUGGCUGAAAGAGCUGCCCAAGGCACUUCUCUGUGUGGCCCGGUGGAGCAGACGAAGUCUCGACUAUAAAAACGAUCCACUUCCAUCCCCCAGGAAGUGUCCCUCUUAACAUCCAUGCAAGCCAAUCUACAGGUGGGCCAUUAAGAAGGUAACCAUUUAAAUGAGAUGGGUCGCAUGUAUCGCGAAUGAAGGUGGUGCUAGUUUUUAUAGAGGCUGCUAAGAGGCCAUUGAUAUCAUGAUAGAAAUCCUCUAUGGACUUGUGUUGUUGUAAACAUGUAGCUGAUUUAGUGAUAAAUCUUGUGGAAUUAUAGUA